AUGCCGCCACUGACCACCGUGAUCGCGAUAGCCGUCAGCUGUUCGGUUCUUUUCAUAGUCGCUGCAGUCGUGGGGACAGUCAUAUGGGUCAGAGUACGCCAUGACCGCUUGUCGCUGGCGGUUGCAAAUGCCAAACACGGUCAAUUUGGCUUGCAGCACUACCAGGCUGAGACGUUGACUGAACUCUCCCGCGAAGAAGGCACGGCGCUGAGACAAUAUGGCCAACUUCCGUAUGGAAAGCCAUCUGAAUGGGGAGUGCUAUCGUCUCGGGAAAGUCUGCCUACUUCUCCAGGAGACUCGGAGUCAUCAUCCCCUCCAAAUGAAAAGGGCCGCGACUUGCGUCGGCCGAUGUCCCGUUCUUUGUCUACGCGUUCUGCGCGAGUGUCGAAGGGCUUCCUAGGACCGCAACGCCUCAGUUCUCUCACACCGCUGACAGAAAGAUCCGAAAAGCGCUAUUCAUCAUCCCCGGUGGUUUCCUGUAUCAACGAGCGCUUGUCGAGCUCCGCUGUUGAUGGAGCGGUCGAAUUGCCCACAGAGACGACACCGAGGCACACACCUGAGAGAGAAGAGGAACACCCGCGAGCCGAAAUCACUAUGCGUCCAAUCUCCGGAGCGUGGCCCUUGGUGCACUCGCGGGAACGCUCUGGAAAUCUGUAUCCGGUCUUAGAGGACAACCCAGAAGGGAUCAAUCCCCCCUUUGCCCGAGUCCGGGGCGGAAGCAUCACCGCUCAAACGGCUGGGACAAUGCCAGAGCAGCCUGUACCUCCCCCACCAUGUGCCUACCCGCCAAAUCGCUUCCGCUUGUCAAAGAAUGACUCUAUAUGUUUCUCCUCGUUGAGUUUGGAGACAGCAGACAGCUCCAUACUCGACGAAAGCCGACGGACAUCGACCAAUAUCGAGAGCGACUUCACUUCGCCAGCACUACCGCCUUGCCCUACUUUUACGCCAUUUGAUGCCAAUGACGUUGGACGGCUGGAGUUUGACAGACGUAGCUUUGUGACGCCCAGCUCAGUUGUACCAGCGCCGUUUGUGUUUCCUGCUACAUCUUCUGCUGUUUGGGAGGGCCAGAGAAUUGAAUCAGGUCGUACUUCACCCCGUCGCAGCUUGACGGCCCGCAGCCCUACCUCAAUGGAACGGAGCAGCCCGCCGCCACGACGCAGUGAGUCUGUCUCCGUGGGACAUUCUCGACGUGAUUCGGGUAUGAGCGUCAAGCCAUUGGAUUUGAGUAAUACGCCUAUCCUCAACGCCGCUGGUCGCAAUGCGGCCUUGCUGCCGCACUUCAGUCAGAUGCAGAGAAUCCCACCGCAAACCGAACAACGACGAAGCCACGAUCCUUUCUACGCUGGGCCUCAGAAUGCCGCGAACACCAACGCACAGGGUGCCCCUAGAAACAGACUGACCGGUUUAGCCACACCGGAAAGUUCUGCGCAGUCCCUGGCCGGCCAUGUGAAGCCACCCAUGGCAUCUGCGAUGAGAAGCGGGAACAGUCUACGAAAGGGCCACCGGCGACAAAACUGCGUCCGGAUCUCGAUCCAUCCCCCCGUCACCUUCAAUGGACCUGUAUUCUCUCCGACAGCCGAGGAGCCAGAAGACGUUGAGGAAAUCGACUUUCGCCGUUCUCAGGUAUCCGAGCUGUCAGCAUCCAAUGUGUCGCUCCCCUCAAAUGUAUCUAGUCUCUCGGCGGGCAACAAUACUCAACAUUCUCAGCAAAACGAUCGCCUGCGCGUGAUCGAUGUCUCAGAAGAUCGUCGAACCUCACGCAGAGGCACACCCAAGAGGCGAAAGCAUACUCGAGGCGAUUCAACGGAUAGCAUGAUGAGCAUGAUCAAUGCGGGAAAUUCUUUGCCGGAGAUUGUUACUACGCUGCCCAUUCCGAAGAUUGAGACCAGUCUGCUCAAUACCCCCUCUCCCGAGGCGAACAGUCCUGUUUGGAUGAUGUCCAGCCAUACCAGUUCGCCAUCUACAUAUGAGAACAUGUCAAGUCCAGGGAGUCCGCGUCGGUCGGCCGUCAAGGGCCCGCGCAAUCAGCCGGGCCGGCAAAUGCGUAACAAUUACCGCCCUUCACAGCCGUUGGAGGACAAUGCAAAGUUGUCGCUACGAACCACCUCUCGCCCUCCUCACAUGCGCAAAGAUCCGGCACGGAAGCCCCCUGAGUCAGCCCAGCGACCGAAGACUGAUGCCCAGCAAACAGCAUCGCCACGGAACCAAGAUUCGGCCGGCCAAGCUCCGCCAGGCGCCCCGAGGAUGAAUCAUCCAGCGAUCGCAAAACAACAGCCACCCCAAUCCCUGCGACAACACCGCCCUCACCAUCGCCCUCCGCCAGCCGGAAGUAAUCCCAAGUCUCCGAUCAUGCAAACCGGGGGCAUUGUCUCUAUCUGGGAAGAUGGGCCGCUGGAGUUGAAAGCGCCGCCUAAACCUACAGUAUCUCUGGUCAAGGAAGCAACAGAACUCCCCGACGAGCCGACUGCAAAGCGUGUGGAAAGGACGAAAAGCCAAGGGCCUGGUGAUCGAUCACCGACCAAGUCGAGCAACAACCGAUCCAAACAAGAGCCGAAGACUCCGACGAGACGGGCCGUAGGCUUGGGCAUUGGUGCUGCCACCCCGGCCAGCUUGUAUGACGGCGACGGAUUCUUGAAGGAGUAG